ACGUUUUGUUAUCAUUUCCGCCAGUGGCGAACCGCAAUAGCGUGAAUAGUUUCAGUGCCGACGCUGAAGAAACUCUCAACACAUCGAGAUUUACUUUCAUCUCAAUUUAAACUUUUUUAUUGGGGAAUGGAGCAGGUUGACGAUUUACAUUAAAUGCCGAGGGGCAAAAAGUGCGAGUGAAAUAUUCUUUUCAAGUUCUUUUCAAGCAGUUUUUGUAUUUCUUGUUAAUUUCAUGAUUUUUCUUGCAAAUAAUAAAAAAAUAAGCCGCAUCCCCAAAUAUGAAGUUGGAGGAAAUUGUGGAAUCAGGUUUCGAUGAGGGAUGUCCUGAUGGGCCUGCCCGACUUGGGUAUUUCGAAGUUGAGGAAAAAGUUGAAAAUGCAGACAAUGUUUUUGUACUUGUUGUGCACUACGACUUCAAAAGCAGCAAAUUUUGGCACCGUGUUGGUGACAACAGAGACGUGGAAAAUUUGAGAGAAACUUUCGCUGUCAACAGAAACUGUAAAUUCCGCGAUAUGCUUUCACCAAAGAAAGAGGAUUUAAUAACUUUGCUUGGAAGUGAACAAAAAAUAAUGAGAUUUUUUGCUUGUACAGAAAUGGAGCCUUCGGUGUUCAUUUUCGUAAUUUUGUCGCACGGAGGCCCAGAUGGAAAGAUUUUCACCGACACCCUUCUCAGCUCAAAAUCAAAUGAUUUUGAUUCAUUCAAAACAAAGGAUUUGUUCAAAGCUAUGAACAAAACCUUUCAGAAAAGCAUGAAAUUUUUAUUCUACGGACCAUGUAGAGGUCAACUUGACGAUGAGGUAUAUCACCCUUGCCAAUCAAAACCAAACGACAACAACGAUCUUACGCAAAAUCGAAACUCGUGCAAAGUUUCUUUUCAUCCGAAAAUGCGAAACCUCGUCAUUUUCUACGCAACUGUCGAGACCACAACGGCACGCAGAGAUUGUAACACAGGAACGUGGAUGGUGAAAUAUUUGUGCGAAGAACUGAACGGGAUGAAAAAGAGUCUAAAUGUUUUAACUUUGCUGACGGCCGUGCACAGCAGAAUUGACAAAAAGACAACCGAGUGUUUGGUUGGCCAGACGCCGGAAUUGAAAGUCUUUCCAAUGGACAGGAAAUUUGUUUUCCACCGAAGGGAUUCUGGGAACGUCGAAGAUCAAGCAUUGGUUUUCAAUUGGUGGAAUCCGAAAACAAAAACGGUUCUGAGAGGCAGAAGGGCUGUAAUUUUUCACGAAGGGAAGACAAAUGAACAAAUCAAUAAACUUGAGUCAGCUUUAGUUUCAAAUUUAGGUUUUGAGACAAUUAUUGCGAAUAUCACUCGGCAAGGACUAAAUCAUUAUUUCAGUAAAUUAGAUUGUAAAUCUUGGAGCAACUACGGUUGUUUUGCAGCAUUCUUUUUUGCUGAAGUCGUCGAACAAGAGGAGGACGGGCAAAUUUGCAUUCGUUUGAGCGGGAAUGAAAUUAUACCGAUCGGAGAUUUAAUUCACGGAUUGCUCGGCCCGAAAAACGACGACUGGAUUGGGAAACCAAAACUAUUUUUCCUCAUUAACCAAAAACACAUCGACUCGGAUGGCGAAAAUAUGGAGGAAGAAUUAAAUGAAAUUCUACAGGCCACGAAUCAUAGCGGUUGGCUCGCUUUCAUUCUACGUGAUAAAGAAAUUGAAGAGCGAGUUUUGAGCAUAUUUGACGAUAAAGGAAUAAAAAGCGGUAAAAACCUGCAAGAUUUCUUAGACGAGCUUUUGAUCAAUGCAAAAGACGUCAUUUUCGUGUCGACCCUAUCGUACCUUUUGACAUUUCCUGAACUGGAUCGUCAUUUUGUUGCACCCAAUUUCCUUAUAAAACUGAACGCCCCUGAAGAAGAGCAGAGAGUUGAAUACAAAAAGAUAAUUGAGCUCGCACAGAAGUUCAGCGACAUCCAAAUUUGGCUUAUGUCGUCCCUUCCAGGUUCUGGCAAGUCAAUGAUGAUGCGCGAGAUUGCUUUUGAUUUGCAAAUGGGUGGUAGAGAAAAAGUUUUUAGCAUCAGUUUCUUAGACGUCUAUGAUAUUUUAUCUGAAGCGGAAAGGAACAGGCGAAAAUACAUUCCAUCUUUAGCUUUCGUCGUUGCCAAAGCAACUGGAAACCGAGAGCUUGAAAUUCAAAAUUUGAUCGAGGAGAAGAAAAUAAUCGUCAUGUUUGAUGGUUUUGAUGAAAUUUGUCCUGAAGAAGAAGCGAGAGUGUUGGAAAUCCUAUCAGAAGCUGCUGAAAAGCACGUACGCAUGUGGAUUUCAACAAGACCGCACGAGGAAAACACGAUUCUUGAAAAGCUUAAAACAAUUUGCAAAAUCUGCGUCUUCGAAAUCAUGCCAUUAAAUCUCCAACAGCAAACAGACCUUUUGGCGAAGAUUUUCAAAGGCAACAAGGUCGAACACCAAAGACGACGAAUAAUGCUUAACAACGGUUUGCGUGAAUUGCGAAGUAACCCCCUUCACCUGAAGAUGAUAGCUGAGAUUAGCGAAUCAGUCUUGAAGGACAAGCUGAACGUGUACGAUAUAUACGAGGCAAUAGUGCAAAUGAAAGUGGAGUUUUCGUUGAGUAAUUUAGAGAAGAGUGGCCCACGUUUCAAAAAUAAAGUGAUGGCUUCUAUUGAAGAACUAGAGGAUUUCUCGGCUAAAUUUAUAGGCCGAGAAAAAGUGGACUUGGAGAAUUUACAAAACAAGAACAAUGGAAUCGUGACCUUUCGGAAUAAUAGGGUUCAUUUCGUCCACCUGACGUUUGCAGAAUUCCUAGCCGCUGGCCACUACAUCAGUUGCCUUUUCAAAAACUCAAAAAUGCCUUUUGAUAUUUUGAAAAAGGAAUACCUUCAAGUCAGACUUUUCGUGGAUAUGAAAUUGUCAUCCCUGUCAAAAACUGACCCUGAAUUGAUUGAACAACUCGAGAUGUAUUUGAUGGAAACUCUUACGAAACCACUUCUUUGUACAAUUAUCAUCUCUGAAAACUUGAAAACAAUGUUUUCUGUCGUGGCAAAGCACAUCUCGUUUAAAAAUAUCAAAACCAAAGGCAAGCUCCAUUUUUCUGAAAGUGAGUACAUUUUGAAAAUGGCUUUCACUCGAACUGAAACAAUCGCACUGAGACUGCUAGAAUUGGGGGCUUUUGAAAGCUUGAUAGAUCCAAGCACGUUCGUAGUUGACAUUCUGGGGUCCGUGAUCAAUAAAAAAUUUCUAAUCCUUUUCACUGAACUGGAGAAAAAAUGCCAAGAAUCAAGCAAGCCGUUGAAAAAACUUGUCAAAUCAAUGUAUUCUUUGAAAAGUAUUGUUGAGUGGGUCGCUGCAGUAAACAACUACCAGAUGCUUCAACUUUUGUUCGAAGGAGGAUUGUGCGAUGCCCUAGAUGCGCAAAGCUUAUUCAAAUCGGCAGUUCAAAAUUACAGCGAAGAGUGCGCAAAGUUCAUAAUCGGACAUACCAAAUCACCAUCAAAGCUAAUCUCGUGUUUUAAUGAAUGCAAGGAACUCACUUUAGAAUUAGUGCAAACUUUCCUCAAGAAAGAUCCGUCAACUGCAGCAGCCAUAUUUAAAGUGGCUUUGAACAUCAGGAAUUUUGAAAGGGUCACGUAUUUGCACGAGAAAUAUGACCACUUGGUGAAAGGUACAAGAUUCGAAAACGGCGAAAGUGCUUUGCAUAUCCUGGCUCGUCGUAAAGGAAGCGAUUCAGUUGUCACAUUGGAAAUGUGUCAGUGGCUGAUAGAUGAAGUUGGAAUUAAAAUUGGAGACAUUGACAAAUUUGGGCAAAACGCAAUUCAUCUGGCAGCAAAAGAUGCCAAUUGGGAACUGGUCAAGUACUUUUUAAACAAGGACCUCUCAAUUAUUGAGGCUCUGUCAAAAAACGGUGAAAAUUUAAUGCACUUUGCCAUUCAAUGCGAGCAAUGCGAAGGAUGUCUGGAAAUGGUAAAAUUCCUGCAUGAUUUGAAUGGAAAUUUAAUUAAUCAUAAAACGAAUAACGGAGAAACUGUUCUUCAUUUUGCUGCGAAGCAGCAGAGACUGGAUUUAUUCCAAUGGCUACUUGAAAAUGGGGCGAUUCUGAAUGCAGUGGACAAUGAAGGAUGGAAUGCACUUCAUAUUUUCGCUUCGAGCUCAUCAGAUUUGAAAGCCAUAGAUUUAAUUCACGCAAAAUCUCCUGAAAUCAUUAAAUCCGUAACUAAUAAAGGGGAAAACGCCAUGCACUUGGCCCUGCAGAAUCAACAAAGUGCAAAAAUAGUAAAGCACCUGCAUAAAUUAGACGGUGAGCUUGUUCAGCAAAAAACGAAGGUGAAAGAGACAAUGUGUCAUUAUGCCUUAAGGGAAAGCAAUUCUGAGAUUUGCAUGUGGCUCGUUGAAAACGGAGCUUUUGCUAACGAAGUAAACAAGUUUGGUCGCAACGUUUUGCACGUUGCAGCGUAUGAAUUGAAUCUUGCAAAUGUCCAAAGAAUUCUUGAAAAAUAUCCAACACUCACAGCGACCGUGAGUCAAAAAGGAGAAAACGCCAUGCAUUUGGUUUGUAAGAAUCCGGCCAUUUAUGACAGCAACUGUGUAGAAAUGGCGAAGUAUCUCCAUAAUUUGGACAGUGGGCUGAUUAAACAAAAAACAAAAUCAAAAAAGACGAUGCUCCAUUUGGCUGCGAAAAUGCGUAAUUUUCAUCUGUGCAAAUGGCUGAUUGAAAACGGGGUUGACGUGGAUGCAGUGACUGGUGACGGGUUCAAUUCACUUCAUUUUUUCGCAAUUUACAAGAUUAAUGUCAAAGCUCUCGAUUUAAUUGUAGAAAAAUCCCCGUCCAUCAUAAAAACGGUCACCGACAAAGGUGAGAACGCGAUGCACUUGGCCGUCAGGUGCUGGGAUCACCAGCAAAGCGCGAAAAUUGCCAAACACUUGCACAAAUUAGACCCCGACCUGAUCACACAGAAGACGAAGAGUAACGAAACGGUUCUCCAUUUGGCUGCAAAUGCUCGCAAUUUUCAUUUGUGCCUUUGGCUUAUUGAAAACGGAGCUGACGUGCAUGCAGAGGACAACGAUGGUUGGAACGUCCUUCACAUCGCAGCGUAUAGAUUGCAUUUUGAUUUUGUCGAAAUUGUUCUCAAGAAACAUCCUGCAUUAAUAAAAACGGUCACGAAGCAGGGAAAAAGCGUAAUACAGUUGGCACAAGAGAAUCCUGAUUCAUACCAAAAAUCCAAUGUACUGAAAUUCUUGUACAAACAUUUAAGAAAAAUGUAAUAUUUUGCACUUCAAUUGCAUCGAUUUUUUAUUGAUCAAACACGUUCCA